GUACGCGCAGUUUUCAGUGGAACAGUGGCCUAUUUUGCAAUGAAUUUCGGUUUUUGAAUUUCGCAAUUUCGGAAUUUCCGCAAUAUUUUCUCACCUCUCACGAAAUUAAUUUCCGAAUCACGUAACUGUCUUUCCGUCGCCAUGCGGCUUGAAAUUCUAAAUGACAAUCCGUGACAACUUGCACUCUGACCCAACUUUCCUGACUUGUGGCCAAAUGGCGAAUUUCAAGUAAAUCGGUGAUUUUUUACGCCAGCAAAACAAUGUCAGGACAGAGUGGAGGACAUCGUUUACGCUUGUCUAAGCUCAAUGAGCAAUUAACGUGUACACUUUGCGCUGGAUACCUUAUCGAUGCGACGACUAUCAUCGAAUGCCUGCAUUCAUUUUGUCGAAGUUGCAUUGUCAAGUACCUGGAGGUCAAUAAAUAUUGUCCUAUUUGCGAAGUUCUGGUUCACAAAAGCAAACCUUUGCUAAAUAUAAGACCGGAUUACACGCUACAAGACAUUGUUUACAAAUUGGUUCCCAGUUGUUAUCAAAAUGAGAUGCGAUGUCGAAGGGAAUUUUACGCGAAACAUCCGGAGGUUAAGAGUUCGACAAUGUCGCCCGAGUCGCGCGGCGAGCCGAUCGAGUCGCACAUUUAUUCGCCGGACGAGUCUCUCAGUUUGUCGCUCGAGUAUUUCAGUCCAGAGGCGAACGCCAGCGACUCCGAUGACAAGAAAGAGGAAGACGGGGGCGGGGUCGAAGAGGAGGAGGAGGAAAGGGAAAAGGAAAAAGUCGUGAGAAAACCGCUGCCGAAACGGUAUUUGCGCUGUCCGGCAGCAGUGACGAUUUUUCACCUGCAGAAGCUGAUCAGGGCGAAAUAUGGACUGAGCGAGGCGCACAGGGUCGACAUUAUGUACAAAGAGGAACCAUUGAGUGGGAGUUAUACUCUCAUGGAUGUUAUGUAUAUUUAUCACUGGAGGCGGAAAGUGCCGCUGCACUUGAGUUACAGAAUAUUCGAGUCAUCCCCGAAACGAAUAAAACUUUCGGAAGAUAAUAGCGAAUUCAAAGAGUCUCUUUCGAAUACCGGGAUCAGUCCGGUUGAAGCGAAAGAGGAACAAACUACCAAACGAGGAUGGAAGGAAGUUCAGCUAAAAAUAUCCGAGACGGGCGUGAUGAGUGUCACAGACAUCUCGAGUCCGGAAUCGAAAAAAAGUACAAAAGUCAAAGAAAUCGAUGGUCAGAGCAGCAGCUCGGAUCUUCUCCAAAAUAUAGAAACUCUCGACAAGAGUGUAAAUAAGCCGAAAAUAGUUUUAGAUGAUGAACCAGUCGUGAGGUCGAGCAAGCAAAGUACAAGUAAAACCAAGAAUCUCACAGAAAACGAGGAGAAAAAAAUGAAAAACGUGAAAGAAAUAGAUUUGAAGGUUGUUAAGGAAGCGAAAGAAACGGACUCGAAAGUUCGAGAAGAAAAGGAGAGCAAGGAGAGCGAGAAGAAAGAAGUUCCGGCGAAAAAGGAGAAACGGGAGAACAGAGAAGAGUUGGAAAUCACUUCCCGAGUUCCGGAGGAGAAACCCGUUAAUAAGAGGCUCGACAAUCAAAAGAAGGAGAAGAUUUCGCCGAGUGCUGGAUCGAAAAUCGACGCGCUCAGUGCGAAGCUUCAAUUUCAACCCAAAGUUGGUCAAGUGAACAAUACUUAUGCCAAAAAGACUCUGAAGGAGAAGAAAACGAAGCCGGAACUGAAGAAGGAUCUGAAAAAGGAUUCGAAAAAUUGCGAAUCUUCGGAAACGGACGGAAGUUGUUCUAAAAGUGCAGAACUUUCAAAAAGUGCUGAACUUUCAAAAAGUGCUGAACUUUCAAAAAGUGUAGAACUUUCAAAAAGUACAGAAGUUUCGAAAAGUGCCGAGAUUUCGAAGAGCCAAGUUCCCAACAGCCAAGGGAGUUGUUUGCAACAAGCAUUGACUCUCGGAAAACAUAUCCGACCCGAGUCGAAUUUUCGGAACAAUUUGUCGCCUUCGAGCGAAACUUUGGCGUCGAUUGGUCUCAACGUGUCGACCACAAUCGGCCAGAGUUCAAACUUUGGAUUCAUGAUGCCGGAUCACGGAAUGCCGAGUCCUGGCUCGAAAAAUCAAAAUCCUCCAGUUUCCCAAAUUCCCUCGUCUUCGCAAACAAUUACAAUCCAAUCAUCUCCUGUCCAAUCUUCCUCGCAAAUUCAAUCCUCGCCAGUCCAAACUUCUCAGUCGAAGCCAAUUCCCCAAUUCAACGUCCAGCCGUCGAUGAGUAUUUAUUCCAUUUCCGGUGGUAAAAACAAUCUCUACAAUCAAUCUUCCGCGAAAAGUUCCAAGUCGGAAUUUGAAAUCACGAGUGUCUAUCCAAUUCCUCCCUGUCCGGACACAAUUCCAAUUUCCCUGAUGAAACCCUCGAUUCGAAAGCACGAGGUGAUUGCGAAGGGGACGAAUUUGAACGAGAUUUGCGCGAAAAUCGGCACCUCGGGUUCCAAGAUAAACGAUAUUUGUGCGAAAAUCGGCGAGAACUCGAAGGAGAAGAACAAGACUGAAUCCCGCAGGCCGGAUCUUCCCGAUCUCCUGAAAAUCACGAAAACCCCGAGCUCCGAAUUUUUGAAACACAUUCCCAAUAUUCCGAAUGUACCGAUUUACACGCCCUCGAACAGUUCGAAGGAUUUUGAGCGGAAAAAUUCGAUUCCCACGCAGAAGAUUCCGCCGAAAAAGUCACCACACGUCGGCUACAAAACUCUGAAAGAUCCUCCCAAGCCCUGGAAUCCGACUCUGUCGAAGAAUAAUUACGUGGCGGUGAAAAAUCAUAAUCAGAUCGAUGGCGGGAGUUCGAAGCCGAUUUUGUCGAAACCGGCGAGAAUUUUCAAAAUGAGAAAUAUGCCGCGAUAUUUGGGAAAUCCGGCCUCGGGCGUGAAACCGAUGUAUGGAGUUGCAAAUGAGAAGGAGAAGGAUCAUGCCAAGAAUUCGAUGAGCGUUAAUUCGGUGAGUGUCAAUUCAAUGAUUCCAAGUACCAUGAGCAUGAUGAAAAUCGAUCCAAAGACACUUUCCCCGAUAGUUUCGAGCGCAAAUUCCCCAAUCGUUUCACCGCCGCCUUAUUCGCCAAAUGCAAGGAGUUAUCAGAAUUCUCCGUUCUCGCGAGAGAUGAGAAAUACGGGCUCGCCAAUUUCACCGAGGAACUCUCCCGUGAAUAUGCUCUCGACGAAUCCUUUUAUUCCCUCGCCAACUCCAAAUACAAAUCCUAGACUGAUUUACUCGAAUUUUCCGCCGCCUUUUCCUGACGCGAGUCGAUUCCCGAAUCCGCUGAUUCGAACGCCGGUUGGAAUUCCACCGCCGAGUGCCUUUCACAGCAGCUUGCCACCCUCGAUCAACAAAUUGUACCAGAGGACGAGUUAUAUUCCGCAGACGAGCAGCUAUAAUCCGACACAGCCGCCAACGGUCCAGCGAAUUCCACCAACGCAGAGUCCAAAGUCGAGUCCUUCAAGUAGUUUUAAUUUAAAGACGGAUGUGGUGUCGAGCUCGGAGAAUAGUUUAAAGGAGAAGGUUUUCAAUUUGAGCAAAGCGGACGCGAGCGCGAGUGAAAAGUUGAAGAGAGUCGAGGAGAAACUGAAAGAGAGUUUGAAAGAUAAAGAGGUGAAGAUUGAUUUGGAGUCGAAAGUCAAUGGAGAUAUUGAUGUGGAGGAAGAGGAAAGGAAAAAGAGUGUGAAGGAAUUGAAGGAAAAUGCCAAGGCAUCAAUUCAACCUUCAAAGGAUUCGACUCAAGCCCUGAGUUCGAAAGAAUCCUCGACUGAUUUGAAAGAAUCGGCAAAAGAAGCGAAAGAGAAUCAGAAUGAGUCUUCAAAAAAUCCAAAGUAUCCGUCGAAGGAGAUUUCGAAGGAAUCAUCGAAUAGUUUGAAAGAAAGUUCUAAAGAAUCGGCAAAAGCAAGUUUGAAGGAGUCUAAGGAUGGGCAGAAAAAUCUGGAGGAGAAUUUGCCGGUUGAGAGGAGUAAAGACCUUCCCCAGGAUAAAGUCGAAGAAGUCGAGAAGGAGAUCCAGGGAAAGAAGACAGAGAUCCAGAGGAAUAAGGCGGAGUCGUAAUAGACCUUUUCAUUUCAAUUCGUAAGUAAGUAGUGCGCAUGGAGCAAUCCAGGCUGGCUCUAUUUUGUCAGGAAACUUCAGUCUUGUUAGAAAAUAAACAUGUUUCUGUAUUUGUCUUCUAUGCGUAGAAGACGAGGGCGGAGAUACGUUUUUUUUCUGCGAAGACAAAAUGACGAAAUGGCGUAACUGGGAUUGCGUUUCCGCGAAUUAGAUUGGAAGUCCAAAAAUUCUUUUGCCGCCGCGGGGUAUUUUUUCUUCUUGGCGACCAGCUAUUGGCGGAAAUUUUGGGCAUUCGCAGUAGAAAUUACUUUUUACGCAUGCGCCAAGUUUAGCCAAUAGCUGAGUGCCAUGGAUUGGGGAGAAUUAUUGAAAACAUGGGCGAAUAGAGCAUUUAUGGAGUAUUUAAGAAAAUUUGAAGUAUUUUUUGUUUGAAAAAAAAAAAUAAUUGAUGCAUAUUUUUUCUACCAGCCUACUCUUGAGUGGAAUAAAGAUUCAUUUGUUUUUAAUUAUCAACUACUUAAUGCGAAAAAUAUGUUUCCUAUUGCUGUUACUUCUUUUAUCAUUUGAAUUUAGCGCCCUUUCUAAGUAGGCAUUUCAUUUUGUGACGUCAAAUGGCAAGAUGUCUGCACGCUGAGGGCCAAGCAAUCAUAAAAAUGCAGAUGAUGAAACUUAAUUUUUAUGACAGAUGUUUUCAGCCCUUUCUGAUCAAAUUGCCGUAACUUGUCAACAAUUUCCGAAAAUUUAUAGAAAUUUCUUUAUUUAAUUUUGGAUCGUUUAUCUUAAGUUGCCAUAAUUUAUCUGUAAUAUUACAAUAAAUUACCUAAAAAAUGUAUAAA